AUGGUCACCGCUCUCCUGGAAGUGCAAAACUGUAUUAAAACGUAUUUCAUGGUAAUCAUCCACUCCACUAUUUACCACUGCAGUCUCAACUAUUUCCAGAAACAUGGUAAUGUUUCAUUUCUAGUAUGCGGCAUGGAAGAAUGGCAAUUUCAAUCGAUGACUUUUCUGACUAUAAUACAGUUUUUUGUGGGCGUUGCAUUAUCGCUGCCAAUUAUGGUAAUUGUCUGUAAACAUCAAAAACAAAAGCAAAUCUACAAACCGGGACAUAUUCCUGAAUUCGAGAACCCAGAGAACGAAGAAACAGAUACCUAUUAUGGUUUAAGUAGCUCAAGAUUGUUCCCAGAUCGUGAAAAAGGUCGUGUGAAUAAAGCAGCAAUGGAAGACAAGAAGUCUGAAGGAGGGAUCGAAGGCGUGAGCGAUACACAGCCCACAAAGGACUUAAAUAAAGCUUGA